AUGAACAUCUCCGGUGCUAGAUUUGUCCACGCCAUUGCCGAAUCAGUCUCCGUGAGCGAUCUUCUUCAGCCAGAUGGCUCUGUUCCAAGUUUUAUAAGGGAGUUUUUCCCCAUGAACGGUGUCAAAAGCAUCGAAGGCGUCUCUGAGCCCUUGCUUGCUAUACAAGUCACCGAGAUGAAAGACGGAGUCUUCAUUGGUUUCCACUAUAACCAGUUGGUCGCCGAUGGCUCUGCGAUGUGA